AUAUCCCUUGAUUUCGUUCAAAAAAUCAUUACAUUUUCAGCCACUUUCUACUUAAAUUAUGAAUCAUUCUUGGUGUGUAAACCAUUUGUGAAGCUCCAUUUUUCUCUAUAUGUAAGCUUUUAAAAGAGUACAAAGCUAUGCAUAUCUGAAUAUCUGAAGAUGUGUGUUUAAUUACAAAAAUAAAAAUAACUUCCUGUUGAGUGUUAAUACUGUUUUACAUAAUUGUUUAUUUUAUUUAACAUUAUCUAACUGAACCUUGCGAUGGUGUGCCUCUCCGUUCGUCCACCAAAAGAAGGUGGCGCUAAUGAGGCAGUGUGGUUGCAUUAAAACGAGACGAAGAAAAACUCCGAGUGACUGUUUCCAAGGAGACCGCUGAUUCCAUUAAUGCGUUGCGGCUAAGUCUGCGAGGGUGGAAGCAACAAGAAUGUCAUUUUUAUUUGACUGGAUAUAUAAGGGCUUCAGUAAUGUUCUGCAGUUUUUAGGUUUGUACAAGAAGUCGGGAAAGUUGGUGUUUCUUGGCCUUGACAAUGCUGGGAAAACAACACUGCUGCACAUGCUGAAAGACGAUCGACUCGGGCAGCAUGUUCCCACACUGCAUCCUACAUCAGAAGAGUUGUCAAUAGGUGGUAUGACGUUCACUACAUUUGAUCUGGGAGGUCAUGUUCAAGCUCGUAGAGUUUGGAAGAACUACCUACCAGCCGUGAAUGGAGUGGUCUUCCUGGUGGACUGUGCAGACCAGGACAGACUCCUUGAAUCAAAAACAGAGCUUGAUGCUCUUCUUGCAGAUGAAACCAUCGCUAAUGUUCCUGUAUUGGUACUGGGGAACAAAAUUGACCGCUCUGAAGCCAUCAGUGAAGGAGGAUUGCGUGGAGCACUGGCUUUGGAUGGACAAGUGACUGGAAAGGGAAAUGUGUCCCUGAAGGAGCUGAACUGUCGCCCCCUGGAGAUAUUCAUGUGCAGCGUGCUGAAGAAACAAGGCUAUGGUGAUGGAUUCCGGUGGCUCUCGCAGUACAUCGACUAAAUCACACACUUUCUUCAACACACACACACACACAACAACAGUGAAAUUCUUGUUGGUGAUAUUCUCAGUUGGACGUUCUGAAAAUGGAGACUUGGGCACGCUUGCCUGUUUCGUUCCCACACGUUCUCACAACUGAAGUUAUGAACCCAUAACUUCAAACUUGUCAGUUCAUUAAUGUGACCUCUCCAGUAUUAGUUGUAGUCCAUAAGCCUGAACCAUGUCACUCACUGGCUCACUUAUCGUCUGAAAUAGAUAAUGGGAAUGCAAAUGCAUGUGUAACCAACUCAUCCUCUGCUGUGACACCACGAGGUAGUUCUCUGUUAUUUUUAAGGGGGCCAUAUUGUGCAACUUAUUUCCUUCUGUACUGGAGUAUCACUCUUGUAGAGUAGCUUUUCAUCAAAAUUAAUUUUAAAUGUUGAUAUUUUCAAACUUAUGUCUACUUUACCUUACCCUACAAAAUGGGCGGCUUUUGUGAGACACUCUCUUUUUUGUUGAGAGAGCGACAUGUACUUCAAAAAUGGCCGAUGCGCCAUUCCUAUGAGUCCUUGUUGCUUCCUCCGGAUCAAAAAUAUCAAUCACCAAGGAAUUUGGUGUAACGUCAAAAGCGGACUGCGUCACACAGCGCCGUUUCAUCUAGCUAGUACUAGAUAAUUCUUAACUUUGGAACAGCAUUAGAGGGCCCCUUUAAAGAAAUUAAGUGAUGUCAAGUUCAUUUAACUAGAAAAAAAACGCACAUACAUAAUCAAAUCUAUUUAUUUAUGUUAUUAUGCAUCUGACGUUUAUAGCUAUGAACUAGAAGUGCUUCAUUUUUUUUACAAUUUCAUUAUUUGUGGAUAUUUAUUUAUUUAUUUGAUAAGCUUCAGGUCUAUGCUUUAUUUUAUUUAUGUUGCGGUAAAAAUGUUCUAUUGAAGAAAUGUAGACAGAUUUUGUUUUAAUAAGGACAAGCAAAUAGAAAAACCUGUACUGUAUAGAAUACGACACGUUGACUGUUGACUUAAAUUGCUGAUAUUAUUUUAAACAUCCCACUUAGAAACAUACAGUAAGUUCAUAUUCAGUCAGUCUUAGAAACACACCUCCCUUCGGAAUACUGCUUCCAUUCUAUUAUUCUAAAAUGCGGAUGCAGACAAUGGUCAUAAACCUUUGAGAAAACCAUUUCAGAAGCCGCUCAAAAAUGGACAUAUAUUCACAAUGUAUUCACAUGUAUUUUUUUUCUGAUGGAUUGGAAAAUGGGCUCCCUAAUGAACAUCACCGAACGAUAAUCUCUUUGUUGAAGAGCAUGAAUGAUGAGUCAGCAUGUGGGCAGAGCCACGGUGCACUUGGUGACUGUCAGGAGCAACAUGAGAGUGCACACACGCUCAGAGAAUACCUUGUAUUACAUACCUCAGCAUGUUCAUUCUGUUUCGUUUAUGCUGUCACAUGUUUACCCUCUCAUGUGAAGACAGAUCAUAGUGUUUAUUUUAUGAACUGUAAAUGAUGUAUACUCUAGACGUUUAUACAGUGAACUAAAAGUACAUAUAUAUAUAUAUAUAUAUAUAUAUAUAUGUGAGUGUGUGUGUAUUA